GAUGGGUAUUUGUUUCCGGGAUGGUAACAGCUGGUGCCUGCAGGUCCAAGCAGCCAUUCUUGCCUGUGGAUUCAGAGCCCCAGGCCUGACCACAGUGCCAGAAACUGCCACCCCCUGCCCUAAAGGAGCCCCAAGGCUGCUGUGAGCAUGGCAGAAGCUCCUGUUGACUUGAGCACAGGAGACAAUCUGGAGCAAAAGAUCCUGCAGGUGUUGAGCGAUGACGGCGGCCCUGUGAAGAUUGGCCAGCUGGUGAAGAAAUGCCAAGUGCCCAAGAAAACCCUCAAUCAAGUCCUUUACCGCCUGAAGAAGGAGGACAGAGUGUCCUCCCCAGAGCCUGCAACAUGGAGCAUAGGCGGGGCUGCUUCUGGAGAUGGGGCUCCUGCAAUCCCUGAGAACUCCAGUGCCCAGCCUAGCCUUGAUGAAAGAAUAUUAAGAUUCCUGGAAGCCAAUGGGCCUCACAGGGCCCUGCACAUCGCCAAGGCUCUGGGAAUGACGACAGCCAAAGAAGUGAACCCACUCCUGUAUUCCAUGAGAAAUAAGCACCUUCUGAGCUAUGACGGACAGACGUGGAAGAUCUACCACUCACGUCAGGAAGGCCAAGACAUAGCUCAUUCUGGAGUCACACAAGAGUCCCCUGCGAUUAUUUGUCAGCACAAUCCGGUCAACAUGAUCUGCCAACAAGGAGCCAACAGCCACAUCUCCAUUGCCAAUUCAAACGCCAUCCAGAUUGGUCACGGGAAUGUCAUAGUAAGAGAGAAAGCCUGUGGUGAGCCAGGUCCCAGGACCUCUCACCCUCUACCCUUGGCAUGGGACGCCUCUGCUCAGGACAUGCCCCCUGUUGCCCACGGAGCUCAGUACAUCUACAUGGACAAGUCCUUGCUCCAACAAGUGCAGCUUGGCCACCACAACGAGAUGAGCCUCGUGGGGGAUGCAGGGAAGCACCCCUCUUAUAGCUUUUCUGACAGCCCCCCAGAAGUGUCAACCACCACUGCUGACCCAGGAGCUUCAUUCAACAUGCAAACAUCUGAGCCAGGCCCUCACCCUGAGGGAGACACAGUCCAGACAGUCCACAUCAAAUCCUGCUUUCUAGAGGACGCCACCAUUGGUAACGGCAACAAGAUGACCAUCCACCUUAGGUCAAAGGGUGAAGUCAUGGAGUCUGGAGACAGUGAAGAGCCGAAGAAGGAAGACACAGGUACAAGCUCUGAAGCCACUCCACCCAGAAGCUGCCAGCACACGCCCAGUGACUCCAUGCUGCCCACCUCUGAGCUGAGAGCUAUGGCUCUGGGAGACAGUAGCCCCCAGACCACAGAACCUGUGCUUAGAGAGCAUGAAGUCCAGGACAUAGAAAGCUCUCAAGACACAGGACUGAGCAAGCAAUGAAGCUGUGGGACCAUAGGCUGACCCCUCUGCCACUAUAAGUCAAAUCAACCUUUCCUGCCUCAAGAUCAAUCAAUCGAUCAACCGCAGGAGCCAGUUCUACCACUCCUGGAUGCUCACCCAAAGGCAAAAGUCAACACAGAGAGAUCUCCGCAUAUCCAUGUAGAUUGGGACACUGUUCACAGCAGCUAAGAAGUGGAACCGACCUUGCUACCCAGCAGUAAAAGAUGGGUGAAUUGGAGUAUGCACACAGCCAUGGGAAAUACUGAGGCUGUCAUUGGCCAGAAGAGGAUGUGACCAGAGGCCACCAUGUUGAAUGAAUGAAAGCCAUCUUAGAAAGACAAGGGCCACAUUUUCUCUGUUGUGGCUCCUAGACUUUAGAUAGAUUUAUAAAAUCAUAUACACAGAUGUGACAUGAAAGUACAUGUAACACCAACCAGGGGAUGAGGAUGGUGCAUGGGGAGGAGAGGCGGGGGUCACAGCCUGGGGGGGGGUCACGGUCUGGGAGGGUGUCACCACCUAAAGAGAUCACAGCUGGGGGGAUCAGGGCCGGGAGGGGGGACACUGCUGAAUGCACUGUACUUUUAUAAAAAGGUGUACCUCUGAAA